CUUCGCGCGAUUAAUUACAAUGAAAUAAGUUUCUUCUUUUUUUAAAAAAAAAAUUACGAACUUUAGCAAGUGCAAUAUGUGUUUACUGUGGAAAUAGAUAGAGAAAGGUGAUGAAAAGGAGAGACUGAUGAAUCACAAAGGUUUCUUCACAUACAAGUAGGGAGAGAGAAAGAGUAAUAAUACUAUUCACACUAAUUAUUUUAUUAUCAUUUUUCUGUCUAAUUAUGUAUAUACACGCCCACAUAUUUUGUAUAUAUGUAUCUCUGAAAGAGAAAAGAUUGGACCCUCUUUGUUUUUCUGUUCAGCCAUAAAAAAGCCUUUGACGAGAAAGUUUCCAUCCUGCUUUCUCUCUCCUCUUUGUUCUCAAAACACCUCAAAGCAAAUAUUAAAAACUUCAGAAAAAGAAAGAGAUUACGAAGAAGACGGCAUAAGUAGAAGAGAAGAUCAAGAAAGAGGGGGAGAUGGCUAACCAUAGAGUAAUCAGCGAAGCCACGAACCAUAACCAUAAUCAUCAUCUUUCGUAUUCACUUCUUCAUGGCCUCAACAACAAUCCUCCACCUCCUGGAUUCAUUAACCAAGAUGGAUCCUCCAGCUUCGAUUUCGGAGAGCUAGAAGAAGCAAUUGUUCUGCAAGGUGUGAAGUAUAGGAACGACGAAGCCAAGCCACCUUUGUUUGCAGGAGGAGGAGCUACGACUCUGGAGAUGUUCCCUUCAUGGCCAAUCAGAACUCACCAAACUCUUCCUACUAGGAAGGCUACAACUUCAGGCAAACAGCUUGAUGCUAAGACAUUGAGACGUUUGGCCCAAAAUAGAGAAGCUGCUCGCAAAAGUCGUCUUAGGAAAAAGGCUUAUGUGCAACAGCUAGAAUCAAGUAGGAUAAAGCUUUCUCAGUUGGAGCAAGAACUCCAGCGAGCUCGUUCUCAGGGGCUGUUUAUGGGUGGAUGUGGUCCACCUGGACCUAACAUCACUUCCGGAGCUGCAAUAUUUGACAUGGAAUAUGGGAGAUGGUUAGAGGAUGAUAACCGGCAUAUGUCGGAGAUCCGAACCGGUCUUCAGGCUCAUCUAUCGGAUAACGAUCUACGGUUGAUCGUUGACGGUUACAUUGCUCACUUUGAUGAGAUAUUCCGAUUAAAAGCCGUCGCCGCGAAAGCUGACGUUUUCCACCUCAUCAUCGGAACAUGGAUGUCCCCAGCCGAACGCUGUUUCAUUUGGAUGGCCGGUUUCCGUCCAUCUGACCUCAUCAAGAUAUUGGUGACGCAAAUGGAUCUAUUGACGGAGCAGCAACUGAUGGGAAUAUAUAGCCUACAACACUCAUCACAACAAGCGGAGGAGGCUCUCUCGCAAGGCCUCGAUCAACUUCAACAGUCUCUCAUCGAUACUCUCGCCGCAUCUCCCGUCAUCGACGGUAUGCAACAAAUGGCCGUCGCUCUCGGCAAGAUCUCUAAUCUCGAAGGCUUUAUCCGCCAGGCUGAUAACUUGAGGCAGCAGACGGUUCACCAGCUGCGGCGGAUCUUGACCGUCCGUCAAGCUGCACGGUGUUUUCUAGUCAUCGGAGAGUACUACGGACGCCUCAGAGCUCUUAGCUCUCUUUGGUUGUCUCGUCCACGAGAGACGCUGAUAAGUGAUGAAACAUCUUGCCAAACGACGACGGAUUUGCAGAUUGUUCAGUCAUCGCGGAAUCACUUCUCCAAUUUCUGAAUUGAAAUGGAAUAAUUAUCACUAAACUGCCAAGUUUCGUUGUCUUAUAAUUUCACUCAUCGGUCACUCUUCCUUUAAGUUGUACCAGAAAAAAUAGGAUCUUCUUUUCAACUUUUUUUAUUUAAUGCUAUGAAAUUAACGUACCACGUAAUUGGAACCGAUUUAUUUGGCCAAGAAAAAAGAGCAGCAGCUCGAUGAUUUCAAGUUUUCAUCACAUAUAUUUUCUGAAGUGUGUGUUGUAUUCGGCUCGUUGAUUUUAGAAUGGAUACAGCGAAUGUUCUUUGUUUGAAAAUAAACUAGCGACCCAUUAAGACAUUGACCACAAACGAUGUA